CCAUAUUCUUUGAUUUAGGUGCAAUCUUUCUCUCUAUUCUUCAAUGCAUGCUAAUCCAAUGAUAUUAUGCUCUUCCGACGUCCUUGAGAAUGAUGCUUAUAGAGGGAUCACAAUUUGUUCAUUGUACCAAUUUUGUUGGCUACUAAAGUCUCCAACUUUCUUCCACCAACUUCUCCAACCAAAGGCUUCCAAACAUUCAAUUACUUACUUUAAUUGUGUGAUCAACAUUCCAUCAUCAUGCUCACCUUGUUCCUUGUGCUAUCUUUGGCUAUUACCUCUCCCUCUCUAUCAAACCUUCAAAGUGUAGGUGAGUGGCAAGUCUUGCACGAAAACAUCGGCAUCUCAGCCAUGCACAUGCAACUACUCCGUAACAACAAAGUCAUAAUGUUUGAUAGAACUGACUUUGGCUCAUCUAACCUCUCCCUCCCUUACGGUCGUUGUCGCCAUGAUCCCUCCGACAUUAUCCUCCAAAUGGAUUGCACGGCUCACUCGGUGUUAUAUGACAUCGCUACCAACUCCUUUCGCCCCUUGAUGGUCAACACUGACACUUGGUGUUCUUCAGGCUCUGUCCUUUCUGAUGGAACCCUACUUCAGACCGGUGGUUAUAACGACGGAGAUCGUGUGGUACGUACAUUUACACCUUGUGGAGAUGAUAAUUGUGAUUGGAUUGAGUAUCCUAGUUAUCUAGCAGACCGUAGAUGGUAUGCAACGAAUCAAAUUUUGCCAGAUGGUCGUGUUAUAGUAAUCGGUGGUAGAAGAGUCUUUAACUAUGAGUUCUUCCCUAGAACAACAUCUAAUGUCUUUCCUCCUUCUUCAUCAACUUUUUGGCUGAAUUUCCUGUUGGAGACUCGUGAUGACGAGGAAAACAACUUGUACCCUUUUGUGCAUCUAUUACCAAAUGGUAACCUAUUCAUCUUUGCUAACACUCGUGCUAUAUCAUUAGAUUAUGUUAAAAACAAAGUAGUUAAGCAGUUCCCACCAAUCGCCGGUGGAGUUCCUCGCAACUACCCUAGCUCUGGCUCCUCAGUACUCUUACCUAUAGACGAGAAUAAAUCUAGUGAGGCGGAAGUCAUGAUAUGUGGUGGCGCACAACACGGGUCAUUCACACAAGCAAUAACCAACAGGUCAUUUGUACGCGCAAUUAACAACUGCGCGCGCUUACUAGUCACCGAUGAAAACCCUGUUUGGAAGAUGGAAGACAUGCCAAUGGCUCGUAUCAUGGGGGACAUGUUACUGCUUCCAACCGGAGAUGUUCUCAUUAUAAACGGCGCAGAGCUAGGCACUGCAGGAUGGGACAACGCAGCAAAGCCGGUCACAACUCCAGUGAUAUAUCAACCAAAGAAUGAGAUUGAAAUGAGAUUCCAUGUUAUGAGUCCGUCACCAAGGCCUAGGAUGUACCAUUCAGCAGCCAUUUUGUUAACGGAUGGACGGGUUUUAGUAGGGGGAAGCAACCCACAUGUUUUCUACAACUUCACCAAUGUGGAAUUUCCAACAGAUUUAAGUUUAGAAGCUUACUCACCACCUUACCUGUCAUUCGAAUAUGCAACCAUGAGACCUAACAUUGUGUACGCAGAUCAAGUAGUUGGUUAUGGACAACCGUUUACAAUCACCUUCAAUGUGUUACAAUACCAAGCAGAAGAUGUUUUGUUUGUUAAUAUUAUUGCACCAUCGUUUACAACACACUCAAUAGCUAUGAAUCAAAGGAUGGUGGUUUUGAGGAUGGUAAGGAUUUCUCAAGUUUCAUUAGGGAUGUUUAAUGUUGGAGUUAUGGGACCUUCAAGCACAAAUGUAGCACCUCCUGGGUAUUAUUUGUUGUUUGUAGUUCAUGCUGGUAUACCAAGUUCUGGUAUAUGGGUAAAGAUUCAAUAAAAUAAAACUAGUGAAAAACUUUUGUUAAUGUA